AUGAAGACAUUCAUGAUGAAGUCCUCAGCGCUUACUUUUGCUACUGUCGCCGGCGUGGUGGGUUCCGCCAAUGCCGUACCAAAGACCAGCGAACGUGGUCUCGACAGCAUCUUACCUGCCGGGUACAAAGCCCUACCGAUGAAGUGGACAGGCCCGAUCGAGCAACGCGGAGAGAACAUGACCUUCCAGGGCUCCAUCCAGGAAAUCGAGGCCCAGAUCCAAGCCCUCAACCCAGGCUUCAAGUUCGCCCAAGCCCAAGCUCCCCCAACCCACACCACCAGAACCCCCAUCCAGAAGCGCGACCUCUACACCCCAACCCACGAAUCCCCGACUCCCACGCCAACCGUGCCGGCGCACACCUGCAACACCGGCGGCACCGGCCCCGUCGACGCCAUCGCGGCCGUGUACGCGCAGGACUUGAAUUCCGCCAUUUUCUGGUGCAACAACAACGCCCAACAAAAAGUCGUGCCGGCGGACCAUAUAGCGGAGCUUGCGGAUAUGCUGCGCUGGGCGUGCGCGGAUGAGGACUCCGGCAUGGUUCGGGGCCAGUUGUUUGAUUUUCAGAAUGGGGUCGACCAGCGCAUGAAUGUGUUGAUCGGUUAUUCGGAUUGCAAUGUGCCUUUUCCCUAG